UCGUUCGCACCGGUCGUGCAUAUAGAGAUAUCGGCUCUAAGUUAACUCGCUGGGAAAUCGAAAUCGGGAACGGAACGCCUUAUCGCGGCAGAGAAAAGAGUAAUUUGUGAUACCUGUCCGCCGUGUUGUAUUGGCUUGUUGAAGCGCUCUACGCGCUUAAGUGGUGUUAAUUUUUUAUUAAUUAUUAUCGUAUUUAUUACCCAACGUGAAAGUGAAGUGCGAAAUCGGUCGCCUCAAGUGCCAUUCGUUGGCCGUACGUGCAAAGCCCAUAAAUAAAUUACACAGCCAUAUAGCCGUGAUCCUUCCUCUUUUUCCCCACUUAUAUUCCAUUCGAAACUGCAGCUGAUAAUGCAAACGGACUCCGUCUGAUCGAUUUAUAUAUUGGCGACGAUUUGGAGUGCGCGAGUGCGGGUGAUACCAUUCCUCUGAUUGUGGAUAGCUGCCACCGAAAAUGAUCCCGCUGCAGUUACUCUGAUUCCCAUCCCAAACCCAACCCAUCCCAUUCCAUCUGGAGGUAUCAUGGACUCGUACUUCGACUCGGCCAUCGAAUACAAUCGAACCAAUCCCAUCAGUUUGGCCAGAACGAGUGAACAGGCCCAAACGGUGCAGAACGAGAAGAACUGGGAAUGGUCAUAUCUAGUGAGAAAAUGUCGCAAUUUGGAGCUGGAGGAGUCGUACGACUUGUACAUGCGGCGCCUGCGUGUUGGCUACCUCUCCCUGUUUAUCUUCAUCCAUGUGGCGGUGACUGUGAUCCAUACGCUCCUCCUGCUAACCACGCCGGAGAUUAAGUACGUAUACGUGGACAUGGUGGCGUAUAUGUGCUCCGGAUUGGUCAUUUGGGUGGUGCUCUCGGUGAACUUCCGCAGCGAUCUGGUGAGCAAGCAUGGCUGGGUGGUUUAUGCCACCUCCUGGCUGGCAGUUUGUGUGAUGGUCCUCAUGGAUAUUGGCCUGAAUGUCUACCAUGCCACCAGUCAUAAUUACAUUCUGAAUCCGAUCUACGAUGCGUACACCCUGUAUGCCAUUUAUAUGUUCAUGCCGGUUCCGUAUCUCCUGCAACCCUUUGUUUUGGGAUCGGCAGUCACUUUGUGCUACAUCAUAAACUAUAGCUUUGUGAUCACCGCCAAAGAUGAUAAUCAGAUGCACAGCAUCCUGAAUGAGGCCAUCUACCUGAAUUGCGUCAAUCUGCUGGGGAUUUUCUUUCGCCUCAUGAGGGAUAUAGCGCUACGAACGACUUUCCUGGAUCGUCGACAAUAUGUGGAGGAGAAUUUGCUAUUGCGAUAUGCUAGGGAUCAGGAAAGGAGUCUUCUGCUGAGCAUUUUACCCUCCCAAAUUGCGGAUCGUUUGCAGGAGGAUGUGAAAAACCGCAUAGAGAGAUCCAAGCAGCAGCAUCAACAGCGAUCACAGGUGGAUCUGCGAAGGAGUGCGGAUAGUCAGACUCUGAAGAGGUGGAGGCAGCCAGAUCAUGGCACCCUCUUUAUAGAGCCCCACGAUGAUGUCACCGUACUUUACGCAGAUGUGGUUAACUACACCCAUCUGACCACAACUCUGGAUGUGAAAAAGCUGGUGGAAGCUCUGCACGAUCUCUUCGUGCGUUUCGACAGUGCCAGCGAGGAGUACAAUGUGCUGAGGAUCAAGUUCCUGGGCGAUUGCUACUACUGCGUGGCCGGGUUGGCCAAUCCCAAUGCGGAUCACGCCAAGUGCUGUGUAGAUCUGGGUCUCAGGAUGAUCAAGGACAUUCGCGAUGUCAGGGAGAAGCGACAUCUGAAUAUCGAUAUGCGAAUUGGGGUUCACUCCGGCGAUGUUCUUUCUGGAGUAAUAGGAGCAGCCAAGUGGCAGUUUGACAUCUGGUCAAAGGACGUGGAUAUCGCCAAUAGAUUGGAGGCCACUGGAGCCACUGGAAGGGUACAUGUUAGCCAGAAGACUCUCUCUCUGCUGGAUGGCGAGUAUUUCUACGAGGAUGGCACCGAAAAGGCUCGAGAGGAUCCGGUGCUCCAGAAGCACGGCAUUCGCACCUUCCUGAUCAAAUCAAUGCGCGCCCCCAUGCACGACCCGCGUCGCAGGAUGAGGGAGCGGCAGGCCAAGAAGCUCAGCGAGGCCAGCAAGGCCAACUUUAUGCACAAUUCGACCCUUCAUCAGUACAACCAGGUGCGCAACCAGGCCAAGCUGGAGAUGUGCCGGGAACUGGACAAGAUGCCCAUUGGGAGGAUACAACUCACAAAAGUAUUCCGGCGAAGCACUCGCUUGACCCAGGAUGAAAUCGAGGAGGAGACCUUUCGACGGAAUAUCAGCUCCUGUUGCCUGUUCUUUCGCAUUCGCAACUGGGAGUUCCAGUAUAUGCAGGAGCCAGAUGUGAUGCUCAAGUACAGUAUUGCUCUAUCCUGGGCGAUAUACAUGGGUCUGCUGACUAUCCAACUGCUAAGCAAGGAUGCCCGCUAUCACUAUUGGUACAUAGAUGGAACCACCAUAAUCCUGCUCACCAUGCUAUUGAUUGUAUCCUGGUACAAGAAACUCUGGAUCAUGUACAUGUCCGAUGCGGAUGUGACCUCGCCAAAUGGCAGGAUGAGUGGCUUCCUCUUUCGCCUCUCGGAUGAAAUGCAGCGGAAUGUGGUCAUCAGGAUAGUGAUGUAUUUCCUGAUAAUCUUCUCCUACUGCGCGGUGGCCAUAAUGCAAGUGGUCGGCUGCAGCAGCGAUGAGGAUUACGGGGAUCUGGAGCCGAGUUACGACGAGCGGGUGCAGUGCUUUCAUCCUUGGAUCUUGACUAACUGCAUGACCCUCGUAAUUGGCAUGUCGUUUCUGUUUACAAGGAUUCCCUUUAUCAUCAAGUCGUGUUUUUCUGCCCUAAUAUUGAUUGGUUAUGCGGUGCUGGUGGUUUUUGAAUUCAACUAUAUCUACGCCAAUAGUCCCUCGACGAAUGUGAACUUCAAUGCGAGAUACUCGCAUAUUCUCUUGAUGCUCAUCACCUUUGGCAUUUUUCAUCUGAUGGAGCGGCAAACGGAGUUUAUAGCCAAAGUGGAUUACAACUGGAAAAGACAACUACUUAAAAAGCAGGAGGAUGCCUUGAUCACCAAUGACACCAUCAAAGUUCUACUAACCAAUAUUUUGCCCACCCAUGUUGCCGACUUCUAUCUCUCCAACCAACUGCAAAAUGAGCUCUACUACGAGGAGUACGACAAUGUGGCCGUCAUGUUUGCCUCCAUCAAAAACUUCGACACCGACAAGAUCGGUUUGCGGGUGCUGAACGAGAUUAUCUGCGACUUUGACGAUGUGUUAAACAAAUACUCGCAAAGUCUGCGCGUGGAGAAGAUCAAGGUGGCCAAUUGGACUUAUAUGGCGGCCUGUGGCCUGGAUGUUUCUCGUUCGGAGCAGGUAAAUGCCCCCCAGAUGAAGUUCAGGAAUGUAUCGCUGAUGCCGAAUGGCCGAAGAAGUCGCUACGAUGGAGCUCGCACCUCCAAUACGGAUGGAGUGCAGCGUGUUCCCUACGGAAAUGGUAGCAACAUAGCUUUGGAUCUUGACCUAGAAAGAGGUCAAUACGAGGGUAAUGUGAUUACGAGUAGUGGACCAAGGAUCAGUACCACCCAAAAUGCGAGCAGUAGCAAUGAGGUGGUGAGGGUGAUGGCUGAAUUCGCUCUCGAUCUGAUGAGAACCAUGAGGAGGUUCAACACAGAGAAUAUGCAGACGGAGUACGAGGGAAGCACCGACUAUGGAAUGCUGAGGAUUGGAAUUUCGCAUGGUAGGGCGAUGGCCGGAGUGGUGGGCAACUCGAAGCCGCACUACGACAUCUGGGGGAAUCCUGUCAACAUGGCCUCGCGAAUGGACUCCACUGGGGUUCCAGGUCAGAUCCAAGUCACCGAGAACACGGCCCUCAAACUGAGGGAGUUCAACAUCCAGUGCAACUAUAGGGGCAUGACCUUCGUCAAGGGGCGUGGCAACAUACCCACCUACAUCAUCGGCACCGACAGCGAAUACCAGUUCCUGCCGCAUCGCCCAUCGCCAGCGGCAAACAAAGAAGACUAGCUGAAUUUACCAGAGAUUUAGAAACUAAGGAAAACCCGUGUAUAUACAUACCAUAGAUAAGACAUUUUCU